AAGCGUGGUAACUACAAUGCUGUCUUCCGCCUCUAUUACGCCGAUGGGAGCGUUAUCAUGCGCGUAUCUCUUCCGGGAAACAAUGCAUUUCCGGACGAGAAGGUCCGGAACGAGGUCGCCACGCUGCGCUACGUCGAGAAGAUGAUGUCGAUACCGGUGCCGCAUGUCUACCACUGGGGUACCGCGGCGGAGAACCCCCUAGGGCUGGGUCCUUUCAUCACCAUAUAUCAUAUUUCGCACGAAAAUACCCUGGAUGAACUUUUGACAGACCCA